AUGCCAACAAAUAACCCUCUCCCACCUAAAGAAUAUGCACUCUUCAAAAGAAUUUUGAAAUGUUAUGAACAGAAGCAGUAUAAAAAUGGGUUGAAGUUUGCUAAGCAGAUUCUUUCAAAUCCAAAGUUCUCUGAACAUGGAGAAACAUUGGCAAUGAAAGGUCUGACACUCAACUGUUUAGGAAGGAAGGAAGAAGCCUAUGAACAUGUCCGUCGAGGAUUACUUAAUGAUCUCAAAAGUCAUGUCUGUUGGCAUGUGUACGGUCUCUUGCAGAGAUCUGAUCGAAAAUAUGAUGAAGCAAUAAAGUGUUAUAGAAAUGCUUUAAAAUGGGACAAGGACAAUAUCCAAAUUCUGAGGGACUUGUCUCUCUUGCAAAUACAAAUGAGGGACUUAGAAGGUUACCGGGACACUCGUUACCAACUUUUAGUUCUUCGGCCUGGUCAAAGAGCUUCAUGGAUUGGCUAUGCAAUGGCCUAUCAUCUUCUCAAAGAUUAUGAUAUGGCUCUUAAAAUCUUGGAAGAAUUUCGCAAGACGCAGGUGCCAAAACCAAUGGAUUAUGAACACAGUGAAAUGUUGCUCUAUCAGAAUAUGGUAAUGCAGGAAGCUGACAUGAUUGAUGAAUCUUUAAAUCACUUGAAUACAAAUGAAAACCAAAUUGUUGAUCGCCUAUACCUGCUUGAAACAAAAGCAAAUUUGUUACUGAAAUUAGACAAGAAAGAUGAAGCUAGUGCAAUUUUUAAGAUUCUUGUAGAAAGAAAUCCUGAAAAUAUGGCUUAUUACCGAGGCAUGGAACAGACAAUGACCAGCUGUUCGCUUAGUGAACGGCUGAAAUAUUAUACAGAUGUAUCAGCUAAAUUUCCAAAAGCAUCUUUACCGAAGAGAGUGCCUUUAUCAUUCACCACAGGUGACAUGUUCAGGACUCAAGUUGAUCAAUAUUUACGGGCAGCUUUGCACAAGGGAGUACCUCCAUUGUUCAUCCGUUUAAAAGAACUUUAUAAAUUUCCAGAGAAGGUAAAGAUAAUUGAGGAUCUCAUGCUUGGUUAUCUGAACUGUUUGAAAACUGAGGAACGUUUCCAUCCCUCUCAGGUAGAAAAAGAACCUCCCACAGCUCUUCUUUGGACUUAUUAUUUCCUUGCUCAGCAUUAUGACUUUUUAAAACAAACAGACCAGGCGCUUAAGUAUGUUGAUGCUGCCUUGGAACAUACUCCGCUCCUUAUAGAGCUGCAUGCUCUGAAAGCUAAGGUUUAUAAGCAUGCGGGUGAUAUGGAGGAAGCUGUUCGGUGUAUGGAUGAAGCCCAAUCGUUGGACACUGCUGAUCGGUACAUCAACUCUAAAUGUGCCAAGUACAUGUUAAGAGGCAACCUGAUUCAAGAGGCCGCUGAUAUGUGUGCUAAAUUCACUAGGGUGAGUUGUGAAGGUGUAUCAGCUAUGGAAAAUUUGAAUGAGAUGCAAUGCAUGUGGUUCCAGACUGAAUGUGCUGCCGCCUAUCAGAGGUUAGGGAAGUGGGGAGAGGCCUUGAAAAAAUGCCAUGAAAUUGAUCGGCAUUUCACAGAAAUCAUUGAAGAUCAGUUUGACUUUCAUACUUACUGUAUGAGGAAGAUGACUUUGAGAGCUUAUGUUGGUCUUUUACGAUUAGAAGAUGUCCUUAGGAAUCAUCCAUUUUAUUUUAAAACCGCUCAUAUAGCUAUUGAAAUAUAUUUGUAUCUUUAUGAUCAUCCACAAUCUGAAAUAGAAAAAGAUAAAUCUCUAGAUACAGAAAACCUCACACCUAGUGAACUGAAGAAACUGCGCAAUAAACGGCGUAAAGCCCAGAAGAAAGCAGAGAUGGAGAAAGAAAAACAACGAGCAGAAAUGGAGAAGAAAGAACAUCAGAAUAAAAAUAAAGGAACAGAUGGGGAAAUGGAUGGCCCUAAGGAAGAGGAGUUGAUUCCAGAAAAAUUGGUCAAGACGAAGGAUCAAUUAGACCAGGCUGUGAAAUUUUUGAAGCCCUUACAACAAUUAGCACAUGAUAGAAUAGAGACGCAUUUAUUAGCUUAUGAAAUUUAUUCCCGAAAAGGAAAGUUGUUAUUAAUGUUGCAGUCUAUAAAACGGGGACAUAAAGUAGAUCCCAACCAUUAUCUUUUACAUGUGUGCAAGAUGAGGUUUCUUCAGAUAGUUAAACAUAAAACCAAAUUGCCAGAAUGUAUACAGACUGUUCUUACUCGGGAAAUGGAACCUAUUUAUGGUAACAAAGAUGCAAAAACAUUAAAUGAAGAGUUUUUGAGCAAAAACAGCAAAUCAAUGCCUCAUUUAGCCGCAGGUGCUAGAAUUAUGUAUGAACUUGAUCCGUCAACUAAAGAAAAAGCUAUUGCCUUGGCAACUUCAUUGUCAAAUGAUCUGGAAGGAUGUACUUUGCAGCACUGCUGUGAUGUACUGAAGGCAAUGUGCCAUGGUGAAUUUGGCAAAUUGGACCAUGAAAUACAAGACUACCAACGUCGAUGUCAUGCCAAAUUUAAAGUUGCCUCAGCUUUUAUUGUGCCAGUGUGCUCCUCAUCACAGACCACUAGCGAACAGAUUGUCACCAAUGGAGCCCCAUCAUAA